AUGAAGGGCAGGAAACCUGCUAUUGCCGCAGCUGGAACAUUCUUCGGCUUAUUCAGCUACUCCCAAUUAUACCAGAACUUCUUGUUUUCAAGAAUAACACCAUCAUCAGAAAGAGCGGACGAACAAGAAUGGGUAGCAUCGUCAAAUUCUUGGGUUGACAGGAAAGUCUGCACGUGGUUCGGAUUCUGCGGACUCUCACAUCUUGACGAAUCGAGAUGGUCGAAUUGGGGGAAAGAAACAACGGAUGCAAAGUCCCGGACAAGCGACUAUGAUGACCAGCACAAGAUAGACCUCAGCGAAUUCUGGAAUUCUGCCCAUAAUGCUCGACCUGAGGAUUGGUCUGAUGACGAACAUGUCCUUCGUGAGAUUCCCAAAUACGUCACGGACCAUGCACCAUAUAUCUAUCUUUACUCCGGAGAACAAUUCUGGCCGUGCGACAUUGCAGAGCAUCUCAUUCACACAACACCCCAUCUCAACUAUACCCCCUUACAAGCCUCGUCUGAUCAUCCAAAUCUGACCAAUCUAAAUGACUUGAAUAAAUGGGGCCGAUUUGUCUACCUACAGUCCGAUGAUAAUGUUGAGGAUCGCCCGGAUUGGCUGGGAGGUGAAACGAACAUCCCAAGUGCGCCCAAAGGAACAGACCAUCUGCCAGGGACCAGCGGUGACCCGGCAUCUCCAGAUAAUGAUUACUUGGAAGACGUAGCAGGAGAGCAUGCUGAGUGGUGGAAUGCUGGUAUCGGGGAUACUAAAGACAAAGGAGGUGUGCGAUCGAACACUGCUCUCACCACUGCUACUGGUCCUGCACCAACAGAACCUCCUCGAAAAUCGAAGCCUAGUAUUCAUGACGAAAUUUGGCAGCCAGAGCUCUUGCGCCGUCGCACAGGGCGGAAGGUAGUUGGCGGGCGCAGUGAUGCUCCCGCUACACUUAUCGUUGUAGAGAAAGGGGAUGGUGUUGUCGAUGCAUUCUGGUUCUUCUUCUACAGCUACAACUUGGGUAACACGGUGUUCAAUGUCAGAUUCGGCAAUCAUGUAGGCGACUGGGAACAUACUGUGGUUCGUUUCCACAAUGGCAUCCCGAAAGCAGUCUUCUUCAGCGAGCACAACUUUGGAGAGGCUUACACUUGGGACGCAAUAGAGAAGAUCGGGAAACGACCCGUUGGAUUUUCUGCUACUGGAACGCAUGCCAUGUAUGCAACAGCUGGUGUGCAUCCAUAUGUGCUCCCCGGCGGUAUCCUUCACGAUGUGACCGAUCGGGGGCCUCUCUGGGAUCCAACCUUGAAUAUGUAUGCCUAUACAUACGACUAUCAGGCAGACCGUCUCCGUAGCUCCAGCCUGACCCCUCAAGCGCCAGUGGAGUGGUUCUACUUCCAGGGCCGCUGGGGGGACAAAUUCUAUCCACUUAGCGAUCCACGACAGUACAGAUUUGUCGGACAGUACCACUACGUUACAGGGCCAUUAGGUCCUAGAUUCAAGAAUCUGGGCAGAAAACAGAUUUGCCAGGGCAACAAUGAAUGCUUGCUCAAGAAGAACAGGGUUUCGUCGAGGAUAGAUCGCAUCAAACGAUUCCCAUCGCUAGGCGAGGGCGAGGAGAUGACUGAGGAAGACAGGCUUCGUUUCGUUGGUCCGGAAUAA